GUCUCCCUUGAUAGGAGGAGGGGGAGGUGGAGGGCGUCGGCUAGUUGGAUGGAUAGAUCCAGUUGGAUCCGGUUGUGGGACGCGAAUAUUCCCCCUAAGCUGAAAGUCUUUGUUUGACAAAUUCUGAAUUGAAUUCUCCCGACCACGGAGGCCCUAAUUGAGCGGAAGGUGCCUAUCCUCCCUCGUUGUCCGGUCUGUUGGGAUGGCCCGGAGACCAUGGAGCAUCUGUUUCUGGAUUGUCCGGUGGCACGGGCGCUUUGGGGCCUUUCGAGGCUGGAGUACUUAGGGGAAGGGUUGCCUCGUCACACUUUCCCGUUGUUCCUUAAACGUUUGAUGGCCUUAAUUCAGCAGCCGCCGCUUUUCAUGGCAGUCGUGGCAGUCCUUUGGCGUAUUUGGCGGUCGAGAAAUUGGGUGGUGUUUGAAGGCAAGCAGUUUGGGUUCCCCGCGUUAAUGAGGCAGUUUUCCCAGCAGUAUGAGGAAUGGGUGGGGCUGCCGGUAGAGGUGCCCUCCAUGCCUCCUCCCCCGACGGUUCCACGGUCAGAUGGACCAGGACAGGCUGCUGGGUUUACUUGCCAGUGGGAUGGGGCUACCAGAAAGGGAUCGCAUCCAGCGGGUGGCAUGGUUCUUCUGUCUUCCUCUGGGGAUGUUCUUAUGGCUCAAGGGAUUCAGAUCUCGGGGAUUGAUGACCCAGUGGUUGUGGAGUUGUUAGUGCUCCGUGAGGCUAUUGCUUGGUGCUUGGGUCAGGGUUUCUCGGGGAUACGCUUUGAAGGGGAUGCUAAGAUCAUCAUUGACAAAAUCAAUUGCCAGGAUGCUAGAAAUAGUCGGCUGGGUGCUGUUCUGGAAGAAGUCUUACAUUUUUUUUGUGAUUAGCCCAGGGCUUAGUGUGCGGUUUAUAGGUCGGAGUAGAAAUAGGGUGGCCUAUUUGUUGGCUAGAAAAGCCCUCUCCUUGUACCCGACCAUGAGUCGUUUCUUUGAUUUUCGGACCUGGCUGGGUUCGAGGGUGUAACUAUCUUUGUUUUGGUAUCAAUAUAUGAUUAUCUUUUGU